AUGGCGACGAGCGCACCCCUUCUGGGCGCAGAGAAGAAGAAGGGAGGCCACUCCAAGGCGUCCAUUUUCUACGGCGCUGACGAGUACUUGGAGGAGUUGAAGAAAAAGUACGCCCACGAUCACGAAAUAGCGGCUUUGAAGAACUUGCUGCCGGGUGAGGGUGACCCCAAUGCAGCAGGUGUUGCAGCAAGCCAGGACAAGAUGCUGAAGGUCGAGAAGAACAACGAGAACAGGAGUUUGAAGACCAACCGGCUGUUCCCAACAGCUAACAAACCAGACCCUAUGCCUCAAAACUUGGCCUUCUUGUUCACCAAGAUCACCCCCGAGCAGAUGAUCUACAUGUGGAACGUUUUGACUGCGAUUUUCGUGACCCAAGUGCUGAUGGUGAUCGGCUACUGCGCAGCCUUGGCAACUUUCCCCGAGUAUUGGUGGACCUGCACUCUUUUGUUUGGCUUGCCUUUCUCUUACAUUGCUAUCCAGCAGAUCUACAUCGAUCAUGAUGUCAUGCACGGCGCUACGUUCCCAGUUUACGACUUCCAGAAGUUCUUGACCCAUUCCUUUGCGGAUUUCUUCUCCCUUCCAUGGGAGGAAUUUGUCUUGGAGCACAACCGGCACCACGCCAGCACUGUGGACCUGCUGAUCCAGGGCGAGUUCGGCUGGGAUCCUGAAGAGUUCCACUAUGCCUUGCAGCAGUGGGCUGGACCAUUCAGCACCAACUGGUACAAGUACAUCCUGACUGUCCCAUGGAUUCCUGUCAUUCACUUCUUCGGCCUGAACGACACUGGCUCUCUCUUUGCCCUGGAGUGGUGGAUGCACUUCCCAGAUGAGGGUGCAGGUGGUAAAUGCAAUAAAGACUUCUGGAACAAAUGGGUUCCAAGGCGCUUGAAGCACAACGCCUUCGUGCUGAGCUUGUGGGCUUGCGUGUGGCUCCUUGGCACGUAUCCUUUGGGUCGGCCAUUGAGCGAGGGAUGGAGGUUCAUGUUUACCGUGUCCUUCUUCGCUCGUAUUGGUUUCUCUGCGGCCUGGAUGUUCAUCACCAACUUCACUCACUCUCUCCCCUGGAACGAAUUCUUGGCACAGGACCCAGGCCGCACUUGGCCGGUGCUGCACAAUAUCAUGGCCUUGGUGUUGGGUGGCAAGCAUCGCUGGAACGAGAUGCUGUUCCAUGAUGUCCACCACGCCUUCCCCAACGCGGUGGGCACGCUGAGCCAGCGUGGCCGCUUUCAUGGUUGGGAGAAGGUCCAUGACGCAGCGGCAGAGGUGUUGCACCGUGGCCUGUGGAAGCCAAAUGGCGACGAAGAAACGCAGAUGCAGAAGACCCAGAAGAAGCGCUCUUUGAUGAUGAAGCAGAACAAGACAGGUUUGUUGCGCAGGGCUGAAGAGGACAGCGCCGCCGAACGCCAGACUAAGACCACCAAGGCCACCAUGGCAGUUUGGCGAGUUGCUCGACAUCUCGGCUCGACACAGGGAUGGCAACGGGCUGCACGAAACUUCUCCACAGAUCUGAAGCGAACCUUGACCUAUGAGGAGCACCUGAAAGAAGGUGGGAAGAUGGUGGACUUUGCAGGUUAUGGCAUGCCAGUGCAGUAUGAAGCCAAAGGGAGCAAACAUGCCCUGAGCAUCAUCGAUUCCACGAAGUGGACACGAGAGAGCGCUUCUCUUUUCGAUGUGAGCCACAUGUGCAGCAUUAGGUGGACUGGAAAAGAUGCAUUCGACUUUGUUGAGCGGGUGACGACCGCUGAUGUCUACGGACUUCCUCCAAUGACGGGGUCUCUGAGUGUGAUCACCAAUGAACGAGGGGGUGUCAUCGAUGACACCCUGGUAACAAAAUGCAACUCGAAGGAGCAUGGGGAGCAUGUCUACCAGGUGGUGAACGCAGGUUGUGCACCGAAAGACUUGAAGCACUUUGAUGAACAGUUGGGAAAAUUCGGUGGCGAUGUCAAAAUGGAGGUCAUGUGGGACAACCGAGGGCUCUUUGCCAUCCAGGGUCCCAAAGCAGCAGAGGUCCUUCAACGCCUUAGUCCAUCCACAGAUCUGAAGUCAGUGCCAUUUGGCCAAUGCCUUUGGAUGACUUUGGAAGGCGCCGAGUGCUUGGUCUCUCGGUGUGGCUACACCGGCGAAGACGGCUUUGAGGUCUUUGUCCCAGGUUCAGCCGCGGUGCCCGUGUGGCAGCUGUUGUCUUCCCAAGCAGAAGUGCGACUCGCAGGGCUGGGGGCCCGAGAUUCCCUGCGCCUGGAAGCCGGGCUUUGCUUGUAUGGUCACGAGCUCGAUGAGGACACCACUCCCUCGGAGGCUGGUCUUAGCUGGGUAGUGCCAAAGGCAAGACGAGAGGGUGCUAAGAACAAAUUCAUUGGAAGUGAGGAGAUUCUUGCCCAACUGGCUGACAAGUCGCGAUACAAGAGGCUACGUGCUGGCCUGAUGCCAGCCUCUGGCCCUCCAGCCAGAGAAGGUGCUGAUAUCGAGACCUUAGAUGGUCAGGUGGUCGGAACCGUGACCAGCGGAAGCAUGUCACCUUGCUUGAAGAAGAACAUCUCCAUCGGUUACAUCAACAAACCCCACAACAAGCAGGGCACAGACCUGCAAGUCGUGGUCCGUGGCAAGCGAUAUCCAGCCAAAGUUGUGAAGAUGCCAUUUGUCCCAACCAAGUACUACAAACCCUGA